AUGAAUUAUAUUACAUUAUUUUUAGCUGCUAUCGGCUUAACGGUAGCUACUGUUGAAGUAGAUAAAUCUUUCUAUAGUGAAUGUAUACAAGAUUUGAGAAACAUUUUUAAAGCUAACCCGUCACUUGGUGUAAAUUCAUUCGUUACAGGUGACCUUAGUAACUAUAUAACAUUACAAGUUAAUAGUAAUGAAGUCUUAGAGGCAUUGGAUAGCGGUGUGGAACUAAUUAAGAGAGAGACUUUUGAAAGCUACAACAUUACUGUGCCAUGUAAUAUUACAUAUGACAUAGAUGGAAACAGUUAUAACAUGUCCUUGAAUGGAAUAACACCAGUGGUUAUUAACGGAGCGAUGAUAGGCUUUGUACUGGAUGAUAAUAUUGAACACUUGGCUAAAAGAGGAACUGGUGACUGGAUAACGGGCGUUAUUGUUUUGGUGUUAUGUGGCUAUAUAGUUAUAAAGGCAGGAGUCAAGUCUGAACAGUCUGGUAAGUGGAACCAAGUGUUAGCAUUCGCUAAAGAAGCGGCAUUCGAGGAAGCCGCUUUCUUAGGUGAUAUGGUGUUUACCUUUUGGGUACACAUGAGGUAUGGGCCGAACCAAAACUGGGGAGCCGUAACCUCUGAUGGUGAAGGUGAUUCAGAGGCCAUAGUUAACAAUGCUUAUAUAAACAACGAAAAGAGAAGUUACACGGCCCCGAGAGGUGAUUAUCCGCCUGGAUGUAAAGCUAUAUCGAGCCUGGAAUCGAAUAGUAUGGCAUUAAGUGAGAUUAACAUUUAG